AUGAAUUGCCAUAUUCUACUGCUCGUAUCUCUGACAGUUACAGUAACCGCCAACUAUGAAAACAAACUGAUUAUUGAUCUUGCCCCUCCGCCGCCACGGCGAACGACUCGAGGCCCAGCUAGGGAUGAAGGCGGAAUUAUAAAUGAGGUAGCAUAAUAUUUAACUUUUUUUUGAGCUUACGCAAUAUAAUAUGCUCAAAGCUGAAAAUAGAAUCUGUGGAUACUGUGAUCCUAUAAGAGUACUGUAUUCUCAAUGCGUUUCAUGCCAACUAUGCCGAUAAGAAUAUCCUAUCAUAAACAAUAUUUCAGGUUAAAGAAAUAGUGUAUCGAAUGGAGCACGUUUUCAACGAUCGAAUAAAGAACCUAUCUGAUGUAAGUUAAUAUAAAAUGUUUUUAUCGUAAAAUACAAGUGUUUUUUCGGCAUUUUUGAUUUCGUUUUAUACAACUUCAGCGUGUCAGUCGAUUGGAAAACCGCCAGAUCUUGCAAGACGAUCAGCAUAUCGACUGGAAGCCUUUAGGGACAAGUGGAAAGAAAAUUAAAGUAUUUUCCUCAGAAUCGACCUGGUCCGAAGCCAAAAGAACGUGUGUAGCUCACGGUGGAAAGUUAUUAGAAAUUCAAUCUGAUAACGAAAAUCGAAAAAUCACAGGUAAAUUUGAAUAUUCAUGGCAUGAUUUAUCCCGCCCGGAUGAUCUACUCCCUGAGGACGAAUUUGAAAACCCGUUUUUUAUUUUUACAACUGGUUUAUUUUACGGUAGUUUGUUUAGAAUACCUGCAAAACUUUGACUCAACGUUAUUCUGGAUUGACGCACAAAUUACUGUAUCUCUUCGGCUACCGACCGGUCGAUAUCAGAAUUUCCAAAACGAUUCGACUGGUAAGGACUGUACGGCUUUAAACAUAAUGGGUAAAUGGACCCGAAUGGAAUGUUCAGAACGUCACGGAUUCGUUUGCCAAUUUUAA